AUAUAUAUAUCCAGUUGUUCUUCAAGGUGAUCUCGGCGUCUGAGAUUAAUUUCCAUUGUUCUUAUUAGCUUCUGUAAUCUCUACACUAUGCAUAGGUCAGAAUCUCUUUCCUCAAUCAAUCCCUUCUUUAAGUUAGGCCAUUGAUGAGUAUUUCUUAGCAUAUUUAGCUUUGCCAGUUUAGCUUCUUCAUUAUAUUGUGCCUGAGUUUUGUUCAUAGAUCUUCAUUUGAUCGUCACAGAAAACCAGUUUUAUCUUGCCCUAGCAAUAUUCCUGAAUCUAAUCAUUAGAUAGAGUUGAUCAAUAGGGAGGAGGAUUAAUCUCUUUAAUUUUGGUAAGAUAUGGAUAUUAGUAAUGAGGCUAGUCUAGAUUUUUUGGCAAUUGGACCUUCAACCAUUGUGGGUAGGACAAUUGCUUUCAGAAUAUUGUUCUGCAAGUCAAUUUCGCAACUGAGGAGACGCAUAUUUCAGUUGUUGUUAUACUACUUGUCUAAGGCUAAGAAUUGGCUUUCGUUUUACGUGUUACCUUCGAUCUCAUGGCUGAAUCCGCGGAAUCCACAAGGGAUAUUAGCGUUGGUGACACUCGUGGCUUUCUUGUUGAAACGAUACACGGAUGUGAAAAUGAAGGCUGAGAUGGCGUAUAGGAGGAAGUUUUGGAGGAACAUGAUGAGGUCUGCCUUGACCUAUGAGGAGUGGGCUCAUGCUGCCAAGAUGUUGGAGAAAGAGACCCCUAAAAUGAGCGAGGCGGAUCUUUAUGACGAAGAACUUGUUAGGAAUAAACUCCAAGAGCUUAGGCACCGACGACAAGAGGGUUCCCUUAGAGAUAUUAUUUUUUGUAUGAGAGCUGACCUCGUUAGAAAUCUUGGUAAUAUGUGCAACCCGGAGCUUCAUAAGGGAAGGCUUCAUGUCCCGAAACUUAUUCAGGAAUAUAUUGAUGAGGUUUCGACUCAGUUGAGAAUGGUGUGUGACUCGGAUUCAGAGGAGCUUUUGUUGGAGGAGAAGCUUGCUUUUGUGCACGAAACAAGACAUGCCUUUGGUAGAACCGCUCUGCUUUUAAGCGGGGGUGCCUCACUCGGGUCUUUUCAUAUUGGUUUAGUUAAGACGAUGGUGGAACAUAGGCUUUUACCUCGGAUUAUUGCUGGGUCGAGUGUUGGGUCUAUCAUGUGUUCGAUUGUUGCCACUAGGUCAUGGCCUGAACUCCAGAGCUUCUUUGAGGAUUCCUGGCAUUCGUUAACGUUUUACGAGCAAAUGGGUGGGAUUUUUACUGUUUUUAAGAGGGUGAUGACCUUUGGUGUUGUUCAUGAGAUCAGACACCUGCAGUAUAUGCUACGGCAACUCACUAAUAAUUUGACUUUCCAAGAAGCUUAUGAUAUGACUGGUCGAAUUCUAAGCAUUACGGUUUGCUCCCCAAGGAAGCACGAGCCUCCUAGAUGUUUGAAUUACUUGACAUCUCCUCACGUUGUUAUAUGGAGCGCUGUCACUGCUUCCUGUGCCUUUCCUGGCCUUUUCGAAGCCCAAGAACUCAUGGCAAAAGAUAGAUUCGGAAACAUCGUUCCUUAUCAUCCUCCGUUUCAUUUGGGACCCGAUGAGACUUCUGGCGGUGCAUCUGCUCGUCGAUGGAGGGAUGGUAGCUUGGAGAUCGAUUUACCUAUGAUUCAGUUAAAGGAGCUCUUCAAUGUAAAUCAUUUCAUCGUGAGUCAGGCUAAUCCACACAUUUCACCUUUACUAAGACUCAAGGAUUUUGUGAGAGCUGCUGGAGGUAGCUUUGCUGCAAAGCUUGCACAGCUUGCUGAGUUGGAGGUGAAACACAGAUGCCAUCAGAUUCUUGAACUUGGGUUCCCGCUCGGGGGAUUAGCCAAGCUUUUUGCUCAAGAAUGGGAGGGGGAUGUGACUGUUGUAAUGCCUGCUACUCUAGCUCAGUAUUCAAAAUUACUUCAAAAUCCCACUACAAUCGAGCUACAAAAAGCUGCGAAUCAAGGGAGGAGGUGCACAUGGGAGAAGUUCUCAGCCAUAAAAGCGAAUUGUGGGAUUGAGCUUGCUCUCGACGAGUGUGUUGCGAUGCUCAACCACAUGAGAAGACUGAAAAGGAGUGCAGAUAGAGCAGCAGCAGCUUGUUCCCACGGCUUGGGCAGUGCCACGGUGAGAUUUAACGGGUACCGAAGAAUCCCUUCUUGGAACUGCAUUGCGCGGGAGAACUCAACGGGAUCAAUCGAGGAGGACCUUCUUGCUGAUAUGGCUUCCUCGCUGCGCCAAGGCGGUGGCGGUGGGGUUUCCACCUCGCACAGCACCCGGAAUUGGAGGAGCCACCGGAAUUUAUACGAGGGAAGUGAUAGCGAGUCCGAAAGUGCUGACCUUAACUCGUGGACGAGAUCCGGGGGCCCUUUGAUGAGGACAACCUCAGCAGAUAAGUUUAUCGACUUUGUACAGAACUUGGAUGCCGGUUUCCAGUUGAACAGAGGGUUAUUAACUAUUGACCCCAACAAUGCUCAGAUGGGAGGUGGUAGUAGUCGAGACCCCCCGUCGUCCUGCCAAAGCCCGAGGAUGUUGAUGCUCGAUAGAGCAGCUUCAGAUACCGAUUUCGAUCAAAGGGAUAUCACGUACCGGAUUCCCGUCAAUAGUUCAAGCAUCAUUGUGGCUGAAGGUGACCUUCUGCAGGCCGAAAGGAGUCAUAAUGGCAUCGUGUUCAACGUCGUGAGGAGAGGAGACGUGACGCCAUCGAGCCGGAGCCACGACUCGGACAACAAUAGUGCCAUGCACGCUGAAUGCGUCCAACUUGACAGUCACGAGAAAGAAGCCGAUACUAGCUCAGUGUCCGAGGAUGGUGACCAUGAAAAUCAGGGCGGUAACACCAAUACUGAUGAAAACGUUUCCAGUAACAACGAUGUUGUUGAUGAUAAGCGUGUUUCAGAUGCCUGAGGUUCAUCGAGUUCCAUAGACUGAUCAUCGACUGCUCUUAGCAGAAUUAAUUGUAUCAUCACUUGAUCAAGAACAAGGAGCAUAUAUAUGUAAGGGUAGUGACUGGUUGCAAUUGUAAAUAUGAAUGUAUUUAAGCUGUUGCUGUACAAAAAAAAUAUAUAUUCUGAAUUUUCUAGACUGUAGUGCAGGUUCCAAAAUGAUCAUUUUUUGAAAUGAAGUAGAAAAUCUGAGUACACAGCUUCCAAUCUUGGGCCUUUUAAUUAUCAGAA